AUGAAGCUCGGUACAUCUAUUGCUCGUGGCUUCCAGCUCGUCUUCAGCGUCAUUGUCCUCGGUCUUUCUAUCACCCUCGCCAGACAACAAUACUAUGGCAGUGUGCCAUCCCAGACUGGCUACGCAGCUUUCACAGGAGCCCUCGGUGUUCUCGUUGCGCUCGUCGGUAUAGUCGCUCUAUUCGUUGACAGCUUGAGCGGUAUUAUCAUCUGGGUGCUGGAUGGAGUAGCAGCUGUUGCUCUCUUGGCAGCCGGUAUUGUUUAUGCCGUGGCUCUUAAGGGCGCCGACUGCUCCCACCCGGACAACGGCACGACUUGGGACAACCCUUUGAUCAGUGGUGGAUGUAAGGGCAAGGGGAAUGAUAAAGUUUGUCGCGACGGAAGUUUGGGCUCCGACGGGUGGUCUACAAUCAAGUCCCGGUGCAAGCGCGCUGAAGCUGACUGCGCAUUCAUGUUCCUUGCGUGCAUUGCUACCGUGGCUGUCCUUAUUGCGUCUUUCCUGUCUCGCAACCGCUAA